CAUCUCCCCACAUUUCAAACAAACAGUGAGAAUCCAACUAACCCAUCCAGACAAACCAACCACACUACCCCAAUCUGCACACUGCUGCAGCCCAUCCAACCAACUAAUACAAUCCUGACCUAUCACAGUCUCCCAAACACUUCACCAUCAUCCACAACCAGCAACAUCACCACUCCAUACAAAAGACCAAAGAAAAUGUCCAAACGCUCACGCAGCACAUCCCCAUCUCCAUCACCCUCACCAUCACCACACUCCUCACCCUGUUCUUCCCUAUCAAACCGUCCCAAAAUCCCCUCCCUAGAUCCCACAGCCACCACCACCCCCAAUCAAGAAGUCAUGCAUUGCUCCCUACCGCCCCAUCGGGAAACAAUCUCGUUUACUUCCUACGAAGACUACGAGGUGCAUUACCGCCAGGCGCACGUCAAUCGGUGUUCGCAGUGCGGGAAGAAUUUCCCGACGGAGAGGUUUCUGAAUCUCCAUAUUGAAGAGAACCAUGAUGCGUUAGUGGCGACAAGGAGGGAGAGGGGGGAGAAAACUUAUGCAUGCUUCGUCGAAGACUGCGAACGCGUAUGUUCUACGCCCCAGAAACGCAGAAUGCAUUUGAUUGAUAAGCAUAUGUUUCAUAAGACAUACAAUUUCUACAUUGUAAACGACGGCAUCGACAAACAGACCUCUUUACUAAGAACGCCGCAUGAUCAUCGUCGGCGGUUAUCAUCAGCUGCUCCUGGUCCUACUUCACCGAAGGAAGGGCGGUUAAGGUAUCGUCAGACUUCCAUAUCCCAGGCUGAUUCUGGUGCGAGUGCUCAGAAAUGCCCCCAAGCUACUACCCGACAAGAUGCCGCUGCCGCUCCUACUGGUGAUGAGGGGAUUGCGGAGCUGGAGAGGUCUAUGUCUGCGUUGCGGUUUGUUCCGGCUAGUGUGGUGAGGAGUCGGGGGAAGCAGAAGUCUUGAUUCUUCUCUUUUGGGGGGAUUUAAGAUGUGUGAAUUGGAUGAGAAUGGGGUUGUUUUGGUGAAAAGUAGUGGGUUACGGCUACUAUAGAUGGACUGCAUGUAUUCUUGAUACCCGCUUCUUGCAACACGCAACGCUUUUAUUAAUACCCGG